AUGAAGUUCUGGGCGACGAUACCAGCCACGGUGUUCCUCGUGACGAAGGUGAAUGCAAUAGCAUUGGACGUUCGCGAAGUACCUGGCAGCGACUGGAUCUACACUACCGUCCAAGACGGCGUCUGCCAUAAUUUCGACAACCCCAUCAUCCAAUACUACCUGGACCCCGGGUCCAACGGCGGCAAAUCCUUCUUGUGCAGAAUUUUCAAGUAA